GUGGUUGGGAACCGGGCUGCGGCAGCCUCCGGUCUCCUCAGCGGCGGCAGCGCCCUCCUCCUCCCGCGCCUCCGCCGCCGGCGUUCGUCAGGAAAGAUGCCCUCAGCCCAGGGCUGUGAAGAAGGGACCGGAGCCGCCGCCCGAAGCGCCGCCACCGCGGCUGUCGCCCGCGUCCUUUGAAUUCGUCAGCGCAGCCCCUUCACCGAGGGGCGGCGGCGGCGGCGGGCGCGGGGCGCGAGCGGGAGUCCGGGCGCUGCUCCCGGCGGCACGGCGCGGCCCCACAGCGGCCUCCGGCAUGGAGCCGGCUCGCGCGACCCAGUAGCCGCCGCCCCCAGAGCCCGGCGCCAGAGCCGCCCGCAGUCCACCCGCCACAUCCCGGCCGCGCUGCCGGCCAGGCCCCGGGAGAAGCCGGGAGGAAGAUGACGCGUCCUCGCCGCAGUCGCCAGCAAGCAGGGCUCGCCGCAGAGCCCUAGGAGAGAAAGGGCUCGGGAGCGGAGACAGCCGCUCCGGGAGCUGCCCUCCCUGCCCGCGGAGGACUCGCCCAGGCGCUCUCCGAGUGGAGGUUGGGAGCAUUUGCAGCAGAAAUUUGGGCUUUCCCUCCCCCUCUCCAUACAUUCUCUCCCUCCUCCUCCCCCUUUUCCAAUUUUUCUUCUUCCCGGGAAGUGGAUUGCCGAUGCCGAGAGGACUUUAUUCAUUAAUGAUGCAACCGGAUUCGUUUCAGGAUUAUGUUGCACGAAUUGAAUUUUGAAUGAAGGAGUUUUUUUUUGAAAGAAGUGUUGACUCUUUAGUUCGUUGUACUUUUAAUUAUUAUUUUAUUUAAGCAUACAAUUUAAUUGUAUUAUUCUCUUACAAAUAUUAAAUCUAUAUUUUAUGGAAACUUACCCUCAAGAUAUAUAUGUUUAUGGGUGAAAUCGAAGACGCUUCCGUUAAGUGAGGUGACUGGCGUGUUGGAUGUUUAAUUCAGCACCGGCAUUGCAUGACAGUUGUUGAAAUAACAAGUGGUUUAUUUUUUAAAACCACACCUUUAAAAUUUUAGGCUCAGAUAGUGACAGUAGACAUCGUAAGGGCAAUUGAGAGAAAGCCAGCAGCAGCAGUCGAAGCAGCCAUGUCCGGAGAAGUGCGUUUGAGGCAGUUGGAGCAGUUUAUUUUGGAUGGGCCAGCGCAGACCAAUGGGCAGUGCUUCAGUGUGGAGACUCUACUGGACAUACUCAUCUGUCUCUAUGAUGAAUGCAAUAAUUCCCCGUUGAGAAGAGAGAAGAACAUUCUUGAAUAUCUAGAAUGGGCUAAACCAUUUACUUCUAAAGUGAAACAGAUGCGAUUACACAGAGAGGACUUUGAAAUAUUAAAGGUGAUUGGUCGAGGAGCCUUUGGGGAGGUUGCUGUAGUUAAAUUGAAAAAUGCAGAUAAAGUAUUUGCCAUGAAAAUUCUGAACAAGUGGGAAAUGCUGAAAAGAGCUGAGACAGCAUGCUUUCGUGAGGAGAGGGACGUGCUGGUGAACGGGGACAACAAGUGGAUAACAACUCUGCACUAUGCUUUCCAGGACGACAACAACUUAUACCUGGUUAUGGAUUAUUAUGUUGGUGGGGAUUUACUUACUCUGCUCAGCAAAUUUGAAGAUAGAUUGCCUGAAGACAUGGCUCGCUUUUACUUGGCUGAGAUGGUGAUAGCCAUUGACUCAGUUCAUCAGCUCCACUAUGUACACAGAGACAUUAAACCUGACAAUAUAUUGAUGGAUAUGAAUGGACAUAUUCGUUUAGCAGAUUUUGGUUCUUGUCUGAAGCUGAUGGAAGAUGGAACGGUCCAGUCUUCAGUAGCAGUUGGAACUCCAGAUUAUAUUUCUCCUGAAAUACUUCAAGCUAUGGAGGAUGGAAAAGGCAGAUAUGGACCUGAGUGUGACUGGUGGUCUCUGGGGGUCUGUAUGUAUGAGAUGCUUUACGGAGAAACACCUUUCUAUGCUGAGUCUCUGGUGGAGACAUAUGGAAAAAUCAUGAAUCACAAAGAGAGGUUUCAGUUUCCACCCCAAGUGACUGAUGUGUCUGAAAAUGCAAAGGAUCUUAUUCGAAGACUCAUUUGUAGCAGAGAACAUCGACUUGGCCAAAAUGGAAUAGAAGACUUUAAGAAACAUCCAUUUUUCAGUGGAAUUGAUUGGGAUAAUAUUCGAAACUGUGAAGCACCUUAUAUUCCAGAAGUCAGUAGCCCAACAGAUACAUCGAAUUUUGAUGUGGAUGAUGACUGUUUAAAAAAUUCUGAAACAAUGCCUCCACCAACACAUACUGCAUUUUCUGGCCAUCAUCUACCAUUUGUUGGUUUUACGUAUACUAGUAGCUGUGUUCUUUCUGACCGGAGCUGCUUAAGAGUCACAGCAGGUCCCACCUCACUGGAUCUUGAUGUUAAUGUCCAGAGGACUCUAGAUAAUAACCUAGCAACUGAAGCUUAUGAAAGAAGAAUUAAGCGACUAGAACAGGAAAAACUUGAACUUACUAGAAAACUUCAAGAGUCAACACAGACUGUUCAGGCUUUGCAGUAUUCAACUGUUGAUGGUCCACUAACAGCAAGCAAAGAUUUAGAAAUUAAAAGCCUGAAAGAAGAGAUUGAAAAGCUAAGGAAACAAGUAGCAGAAGUUAAUCGUUUGGAACAACAACUUGAAGAAGCUAAUUCUGUGAGACGAGAGCUAGAUGAUGCUUUUAGGCAAAUCAAGGCUUUUGAAAAACAAAUCAAAACUUUGCAGCAGGAAAGAGAUGAGCUAAAUAAGGAACUAGUCCAGGCUAGUGAGCGAUUAAAAAACCAAUCCAAAGAGCUGAAAGACGCACACUGUCAGAGGAAACUGGCCAUGCAGGAGUUCAUGGAGAUCAAUGAACGACUAACAGAAUUGCACACUCAAAAACAGAAACUUGCUCGCCAUGUCCGAGAUAAGGAAGAAGAGGUGGACCUGGUGAUGCAAAAAGCUGAGAGCUUAAGGCAGGAGCUGCGCAGAGCAGAAAGAGCCAAGAAAGAGCUGGAAGUUCACACUGAAGCUCUAAUUGCUGAAGCAUCAAAGGACAGGAAGCUGCGUGAGCAGAGCGAGCAUUAUUCUAAACAACUGGAAAAUGAAUUGGAGGGACUGAAGCAAAAACAAAUUAGUUACUCACCAGGAAUAUGCAGCAUAGAACAUCAGCAAGAGAUAACUAAGCUGAAAACUGACUUGGAAAAGAAAAGUAUCUUUUAUGAAGAAGAAAUAUCUAAAAGAGAAGGAAUACAUGCAAGUGAGAUUAAAAAUCUGAAGAAGGAACUGCAUGACUCCGAAGGCCAGCAGCUUGCUCUCAACAAAGAAAUUAUGGUUUUAAAAGACAAAUUGGAAAAAAACAGGAGAGAAAGUCAAAGUGAAAGGGAAGAAUUUGAAAAUGAGUUCAAACAACAGUAUGAACGGGAAAAAGUAUUAUUAACAGAAGAAAAUAAGAAGUUAACAAGUGAACUUGAUAAGCUGACCACGUUGUAUGAGAGCUUAAGUUUGCGCAACCAGCACUUAGAAGAAGAAGUCAAAGAUCUAGCAGACAAGAAAGAAUCCGUUGCCCACUGGGAAGCCCAAAUAACAGAAAUAAUCCAGUGGGUGAGUGAUGAAAAGGAUGCCCGAGGUUAUCUUCAGGCCUUAGCUUCUAAAAUGACUGAAGAAUUGGAAGCGUUAAGAAAUUCCAGCUUGGGGACACGAGCAACAGAUAUGCCCUGGAAAAUGCGUCGUUUUGCAAAACUGGACAUGUCAGCUAGACUAGAGUUACAAUCAGCUCUGGAUGCAGAAAUUAGAGCAAAGCAGGCCAUCCAGGAAGAACUGAAUAAGGUUAAAGCAUCAAACAUUAUAACGGAAUGUAAACUGAAGGAUUCAGAGAAGAAGAACUUGGAACUACUAUCGGAAAUCGAGCAGCUGAUAAAGGACACCGAAGAGCUUAGAUCUGAAAAGGGUAUAGAGCACCAAGACUCACAGCAUUCUUUCUUGGCAUUUUUGAAUACGCCUACCGAUGCUCUGGAUCAAUUUGAAGAUUCCUUUUCUUCUUCCUCAUCCUCACUGAUUGAUUUUUUGGAUGACCGCUCCCCGUCCUGUACUCCAGCUAGCAAAGGCAGACGUACUGAUCCUGUUGGCAGCACUUAUAUAUGGAACCAGAGCAUCAAGUUUUACAUCCAGUCAAGGUCCACAUCUCCUUCCACAUCUAGUGAAGCUGAGCCAGUUAAGAUUGCAGACUGUGCUCCACUUCCAGUUCACACGCCAACCUUAAGGAAAAAGGGAUGCCCUGCUUCAACUGCCUUUCCACCGAAGCGCAAGACUCAUCAAUUUUUCGUGAAGUCUUUCACUGCCCCUACAAAGUGCCAUCAGUGCACCUCCUUGAUGGUUGGUUUGAUAAGACAGGGCUGUGCCUGUGAAGUGUGUGGGUUCUCAUGUCAUAUAACAUGUGUGAACAAAGCUCCAACUGCUUGUCCGGUUCCUCCUGAGCAGACUAAAGGUCCACUUGGUAUAGACCCACAGAAGGGAGUAGGAACAGCAUAUGAGGGCCAUGUCAGGAUCCCUAAGCCAGCUGGAGUGAAGAAAGGGUGGCAGAGAGCAUUGGCUGUAGUCUGUGACUUCAAACUAUUUCUCUACGAUAUUGCGGAAGGAAAAGCAUCUCAGCCCAGCUCUGUCAUUAGUCAAGUGAUUGACAUGAGAGAUGAAGAAUUUUCUGUGAGUUCAGUCUUGGCUUCUGAUGUUAUUCACGCAAGUCGAAAAGAUAUUCCCUGUAUAUUUAGAGUCACAGCUUCCCAGCUCUCAGCACCUAGUAACAAAUGUUCCAUCCUGCUGCUUGCCGACAGUGAGAAUGAGAAGAGUAAGUGGGUAGGAGUCCUGAGUGAACUACACAAGAUUUUGAAGAAAAACAAAUUCAGAGACCGCUCUGUGUAUGUUCCCAAAGAGGCCUAUGACAGCACCCUACCCCUCAUUAAAACAACGCAGGCAGCUGCAAUCAUAGAUCAUGAAAGGAUAGCUUUGGGAAAUGAAGAAGGAUUAUUUGUUGUGCAUGUCACCAAAGAUGAGAUUAUUAGAGUUGGUGACAAUAAGAAAAUUCAUCAGAUUGAACUCAUUCCAAGUGAUCAGCUUGUUGCAGUGAUCUCAGGCCGAAAUCGCCAUGUCCGACUUUUUCCUAUGUCAGCUUUGGAUGGACGAGAGACAGAUUUUUAUAAGCUGGCAGAAACUAAAGGGUGUCAAACCAUAACUGCUGGGAAAGUGCGCCAUGGAGCCCUGUCCUGCCUGUGUGUGGCUAUGAAAAGACAGGUCCUCUGCUAUGAGCUGUUCCAGAGCAAGACCCGACACAGGAAAUUUAAGGAAAUUCAAGUCCCAAGUAAUGUCCAGUGGAUGGCCAUCUUCAAUGAGCAACUCUGUGUAGGAUUCCAGUCAGGAUUUCUCAGAUACCCCCUGAAUGGAGAAGGAAGUCCAUGCAAUAUGCUCCAUUCAAAUGACCACACACUAUCAUUCAUUGCACAUCAACCAAUGGAUGCUAUCUGUGCAGUUGAGAUAUCCAACAAAGAGUAUUUGCUGUGUUUUAACAGCAUUGGGAUAUACACGGACUGCCAGGGCCGAAGAUCUAGACAACAAGAAUUGAUGUGGCCAGCAAAUCCUUCCUCUUGUUGUUACAAUGCACCUUAUCUCUCCGUUUAUAGUGAAAAUGCAGUUGAUGUCUUUGAUGUAAACUCCAUGGAAUGGAUACAAACUCUUCCUCUCAAAAAGGUCCGACCUUUAAACACUGAAGGAUCAUUAAAUCUUUUAGGGUUGGAGACUAUUAGAUUAAUAUAUUUCAAAAAUAAGAUGGCAGAAGGGGAUGAACUUGUAGUUCCUGAGACAUCAGAUAAUAGUCGAAAACAAAUGGUUAGAAAUAUCAACAACAAGCGGCGUUACUCCUUCAGAGUCCCAGAGGAAGAAAGAAUGCAACAGAGGAGGGAGAUGCUACGAGAUCCAGAAAUGAGAAAUAAAUUAAUUUCUAACCCAACUAAUUUUAACCACAUAGCACACAUGGGUCCUGGAGAUGGAAUACAGAUCCUAAAAGACCUGCCCAUGCCAGGUUUCCCUUACCCAUCCCCUCAUCACCACUCCGGUCUGAUCUCCUCUCCGAGCAACUUUGAGCACGUCUAUCACAUGACUGUCAAUUCUGCUGAACAGUUUCUCUCUCCUGAGUCCAUAAACCCUGAGCACCCCCCGUCCCUGCGCUCUGCCCCUGGUACACCACACUCUGUGACUCUGAGGAACCCACGUCCUCAGGAAAGCCGGACAGUAUUCAGUGGCUCUGUCAGUAUUCCCUCCAUCACCAAGUCCCGCCCUGAACCAGGCCGCUCCAUGAGUGCCAGCAGUGGCCUGUCUGCACGGUCAUCAGCCCAGAAUGGCAGUGCACUAAAGAGGGAAUUCUCUGGAGGAAGCUACAACACGAAGCGACAGCCAAUGCCUUCUCCCUCAGAGGGCUCUUUAUCGUCGGGAGGUAUGGACCAAGGAAGUGACGCCCCCGCGAGGGACUAUGAUGGAGAGGACUCUGAUUCGCCAAGGCAUUCCACAGCUUCCAACAGCUCCAACCUGAGCAGUCCCCCAAGCCCUGUUUCACCCCGAAAGACCAAGAGCCUCUCCCUGGAGAGCACAGACCGCGGGAGCUGGGAUCCGUGAGCCCAGGACCGUGGUGGCCACAGGCAAGGGACUCUGCACCCCGACAACGUGCCUGGCAGCAGCGUCGCCUUCCGCACUGCUGCAAUAAGGAUUCCUCCGCAGCCAGGCCCGCUUUACCCUCCCCCUCCAGGUAGCUUUGUAGACAGACUGCACAGACGCAGCGCUAAGAGUAGACAGGUUGUGUUCUCACCGUAGUCCUCACGUAGCGCCCAGCAGCCUCCAUGAGCGUCAGCCCGACUGUUGCCAGGAAAUAAAUCCUCACGACUUAAAACAAUGCAUAUUUUACUACAAUACAGAGUUUAAAUAAAUACAUAAAUGUAGAAGUUAAAUACUGAAUGUAUAUAGUCAAAGAAGCAUCUUGUGUUUGAUGAAAGAUGGAUGCAUAUAUAAGAAAGAUCAUUUAAUUUAAAAAAAAAUGUGUUGUUUCUUGUCUGUUUCCCAGCUAAGUCAUAUACAGGGUAGAAAGGCCUCAAGUGACAUUUGUAAAGAGAGCAGAAGUCAGGUCCCCUCACCCAGCCCCCGUGGUGUCUGUCCUCGCGCUGUGGGCAGGCUGCGGUCCUGUGGAAAUCUAAGGAAUGUUUAGAUUAGUGCCAUGAUAGGGUGUGAUCUGGACACUAUGGUGGUCCAGAGACAUGCUCGUCUGCCUCCCGGGGCAUUUCCUUCUUUGGUGAUGGAUUUGAACAUGUCCCCUUACUAUAUUUUGAUAUAUCGCACGGAUGAAUGUGAAAGACAUUUCUGUCAUCUUUUGACCCUUCCCAUCAUAAAGAGCGCAGUCAUGGCUUCUGAGGAUCAUCGAAUGGUUUGUGUAGCCUAUUUUGUCCUGGCUAAAUCCUGUCCCUCCCUAGAUUGCAGUGAGUCUGUCUGGACUGGGCACAGCUUCCCAAUGGGGAGCCUGAUUGGUUAAAGGUAGUUGUAAACUUCCCCUAAAUACUCCUGGGGAAAGGGCUCCUUUCUCCCUACUAAGUCAUGUGAAACCUCAGAAGCACGGGCUUGAACAGCUUUGACCAAAUAUGCCUUCCCACCAGAGGGGACAGUGGGGUCUGUGCAUGGGUCCAAGGUGUGCUGGCUGCCAUGGAUGUCGGCCAGCUUCCACUCUGGAUGUCUGCUGCUGUACUUGUCUAAGGAGGCAAGAUGGAGACCAGAACUCAUCUCUGCCCACAUGUUUCACCAGCUAAGACCACAAAGAAAAGAUGAAACUAUAAUAUCCCAUGCAAAUAAAGAGGCCCUGCCACUCUUUGUUUUCACCUCUUUUGGGUUGAAAAAGUCACUAUUUCUCCCCACUUUAAACACACCUAAAAUAAUUUCCGGAUUAUUAUUAACCUGUCCGUCAUGCUGACACUUGGCACAGAUUCCUGAGGUGUGCUGCCUUAUGGAGGAGGUUACAGUUUCGGCGGGGAGGUGGUCAGGGAUGGUGAUGGAAGCACUUCUGAUAGGGUCUGUUUAAAUAACAGUUUUGACGUCUAGAUUCUCCACUGACUCAGACAUGAGUACAUUUUGUUUUGGAUGGGCCUUGCUUUGUUCUAAUCUGAAUCAUUUUGCUUUCGGAAAAGUAUAUUUGUGCGCAUCCAAAAAUAAGGAUCAGAUCUUGAGUUUGGUCAGAGCCUUAUUAUUGUUGUAUCUGCCUGAACUUGGCAGUUUGCCUUGAUAGAACUGGCUCCCCUCCCCUCUGCCCACGCCCUUCCCUCUCCUUCCCAGGCAGAAUACUGACAGGUCUCCACCCUGAGCCUUUGUAGCUUUGACAACCAGUUGUGGACUUUUGUUGCCUAUAGGUGCUUGUUUGUAAAAGGGCCCUUUUUGAGUCCCACCCAAGCUCUACCCCAUGGUACCCUGUGGACUGGGGAUUUCCCACUGCAGUCCUGACCCAGAACGGGGUGGGGUUCUCCUAAUAACCGCUGUCUUACUGGACUUACCCCAGCCUUAUGUGAAGAGUGUUCCAUCAGAAGCUGUGGAGGAGGAACGAUGAUGGACAGGUUUCCAGGAGCCAGAAACAAAACUCCCUCAGAGCAGUGGACAACAGACCAGAGCAAAGGCCUGUGGCCCUGCUUGAGAUCACUCUCCCUACCCUGUGCAAGGUAUUUGAAAGUGUACAGCAGCAGGAAUUGAUCUCUAAGUGGAAAAAAAUGGCACCAAAGCCAUUUCUGGCAUAGUGUCUAUGGGUUAGUACUUGGUGCUAUGUCCAGCCUGUUUGCUAUUUAUUGGCCCUUGAAUUCUGGCUAAUUUGUUAAGUGUGGGUUUUAGGUGGGUAUACAAAUGUAUUACAUUUUUGUUUUGUUUUGUUGCCAAAAACAAGCCUUCCUGACAAUGAUUGCUGAAGCAGGCUUCACUUAAUGUAUUUGUGUGCACACUCCCUGUGCUUAGCCAUUUGCGUUCUUUCCCAGUGAGCACAGCUUUGAGACUGAGGGGGAUAACUACACAUGGCCUCUUUGGCUUUCCAGUGAUUUCCUGUAGCCAAGCUUAAAGGGAGUGUCUGAAAUUCCUAUCAUUCCCACCAGCCCUUCCUUUAGCCUCUUCUCUUUCAUGUUAAACUCCUGUCAUGUUGUUACCUAAUAAUCACAUCUAUUUCUAAGAAAGCUAGCCAACUUGUGUGGAACCUCAGGUAUCAUUAAAGAAAAGCCAGAGCAGAGGGACAGAUGUCUCUCCCAGACGCAACAGCCCACAAGCAGCCUUGGCAGUGACCACAAAUUGAAUUCUGCCAGCUCAAGAGACCGAGCUGACACCCCUUCCCCACCCUGCCCCUGCCACCGCCACACACGAGUGCUGCGGGGCAUACUUUGUCCAAACCACCGGCCCUUUCCAGUCCUACUGUCUCACUUCAUCCUCAGUGGCUCAUUCCUUUAGUGUUUGCAAGUUCAGAGUGCCCUCUCUGGAGCCCUGCUGCAGUCAGUGUGUCUGCUGCCAGGCGCAUCACAUCCUCCUGUCCUAGGGACAGCUUACACAGGGCCUACUACAGUUUUAGGAGACUGCCACCAGUCAGCCUCUAUGCCAUUGAAAGCAAAAUGACCUGCCUUUUUAUUUGAUAGUAUAUCAUUUAUUUUAAAUUUUUUAGGAUUUUCUCACUGUAAUAUUAUUGUACAGUUUUGCAUGGCCUGGGUGUAAUCAUUUUUGUUUAGACUAUGAUGCUGACCAGUGUGUGUGUGGAAGGGAAGGCACUGCUUUGGCCUCUUAUUACUCAUUUGGUUUGGUUUCAUCCUUUGAUGUCUUAGGGAACUUCCUGAGAGAGUGUCUGCUACCGACUAUGACGUGGAUUCUUUUGCACAGAUUUAAGGUGGGAUAGUCAAAAAUGUAACAAAGAAUUUCUCACCAAUAUUUUAUGUUGGUGUCACCUAAUUAACCAGACUUUGAUGUACUGCAAUAAAAUAAGAAACUGUUAGGAUUGA